ACGAACAGUCAAGAAACUAACGAACAAACUAAGUAACCAACGAAUGACUAAGACUGUCAAAACAAAUAUAUUUGAAGAACCAGAGCAGGGCAUGUGAUCUUAUAGAAAGGUCGAACAAGAAAGUAUUCUUGAGGUAUAGACCACUAUGUUUAAUGAAAGGAAAGAUUGGAGAAGAGACAUGCAUGAAAACUAAUAUUUAUUCUCGAGACCAAAAGGAAUAUAACGACUAUACCUCCGUUAUUUAGAGAAACCAUUAGGUGUUCUAAAUAAACACGGAAAGCACAAAAUCUGUUAGUUAAUUUUUAGUUUUGAAACUACAUUUGCCAUGAUAUAAUCGAGGAGUUAUGUGGUAAAGACGAACUUUUCUCAAGUUCAGCUUUCUUGAUAUUGGUACCCCUCUCCUCUCCCUGCUAUCUUAUUUUUCCCAACCCUCGAGGGGCAAGAGACUUAGUCCACAGCUGUGUAAACUGGAGAAAUAAGUUCGUUACACGGGUAUCGAACCAGAUAGUGUGUGUUCCCUAUGGUUCAGAAGCUAACCCACCUGUAUCUCUACCUACAAAAAUAAAAUUUAAACCGUGAGAUGUAGAAGAAGGAAUUCAAACUUUUCUGAGUUGUGUAGCUCACCAGGUAAGUAAGUUGUGAUGUUUAGUAAACCAACUCACGGCAACCGUGUAUGAGUGAAAACUUUCCUUUCUCGCUGACUCGUCGUUCCGUGCAUCAUUCAGUCAACACCCGCCGUUUCCUCCGCCACCCGGAUUAUUGCCGGGUACACACUUUAACGACAAGAACGCUGAGCGUUUCAGAUAAGGUCUAAAAGGUAAGCAUACUUUUACAUUACAUACGAUACUUAAAAAAAACAAGUUUGUCACUGUUCUCAAAAAUAUUUGAAAGAUGAAAUCAAGCACGUACACAGAGGAAAUAUCAGAUUUUGACAUAGAUCGUGGAAAUUGUUUACACUUGGCUACUGUAUCACAAACAUUCAUUUUAUGUUAGUCUUAUUUCAGCAGUUCCUGCACGCAUUAUACAUUUGUGUAGUGAUAUCUAUAUAUAUAUUGUGGUUAAUAUUACCAUGUGUCAAACUAUCUUUAUAUAUAUAUAUGCAGUGUUAGCAGGCGUGGCAUGUGCACAUUUGAAUAAAUAUGGAUAAUAAGACAAUAAUUAGAAAGAUGGGGAAUGUCAACAAUAUUGUAGCAUGUCGUGUAUGUUCCGGAUGUGCGUCUACUAAAACCAUUCUGUCCUCACAACAAUGCUUUCGUACAUAUAGUGAUUCUUGUGAGCAAGCGCCACAACCCACAGUUCUUGUUACAGCGCAAAGACUGACAGAGUUAUUUCCCUUUAGGGAGUCGAAGUGAGAACAUUUUCUGUGGGAGAAAAAGCCUACUUAUUGUAGCUGCAAACAUAUAGUUUCUGUAAUGUUGUGUGCAAUAAGUCUUGAAGAAUCUAAAAGAAUCAAACCUGGUAAUGAAGCUUGGAAAAAUAAUGAAAAUGCUCAAAAUUUUUAGAUUAAAAAAAGCCCAUUACUAUAAAAAAAAUUAUCCAUGAAUAAAAGGGAAACUCAUUGCAUCAGCAUUUGGGAGAAUAUGUAUUUAAGCUAUAGGUUUCAUGGAUAGUAAACCACCAGAGAAUACCUAACAAAGAAAAGAAAGAAAGAGGAGAUGCCAUCUCUUUCUUUUCCAAUAUUUUGUAAUAAUAUUUUCCAAUUAGUGUCUUGAAAGAAAUGUAUAUACACUUCGUACCUGGCUAAUUUAUUUUCCUAUACUCAAGAAAACAGCUAAUGACCACAAAGGGAAAUACAGACAGACUGCGGUUAUUUUGAAAGAGACUAUACAAGGAAACUGAAAGUUCAGAGGUCGCUUAUACGAGUGUCGGAAUCCUGCGAUUAUAUUCCUGUUAAAAUUUUGUGGACACUGGUGUACAGCGGCUGGACCCAUCAUGUACUUCAUCAUGAACACAUCAACCAAAGUUGGUUCUCUGUGUUUGAUACUUCUUACACUGAUGAAAGGAAUUUUUCUCUUGGAGUGUGGGUUUUCUAGCUUUACUGAAAGCCUGAGUAAAGAAGAAAAUGGUUCUAUCAAUAUCAACUACACCAUCAAUGUUAUGACAAGUCCUGAUGUUCCAGACAGGUUGUAUGCUCAUUAUACGGUUUGUGAAGGAAACUCUGCGAGAACUCCAUGUAUAUUUAUUUACGAAAAACACUUUAUCACCGAGUUUAAGAAGGAAGUGAGUGAAGAGACAGGAGUCACCUGCUACUGGGAACAACGACACGUGAGCAGCUCUGUGGUGGCUUUAGACAUCUACAUCUCUCAGGUCGUCACCAGGUCACUGAGUGCGAUGAUAAUCUACACUGGCAGAGACGAACUUCCCAUACCUACCCGACUGAUACGUGUUGAGGUGUUGUACCCACCAAAGGUCACAAGUCUUACCGUGGGUGGAGAAGACUUUACAGGUCCUUACUUCAUUAACGAGGGCCAGAAAGUCUACAUUUCCUGCUUCUUCGAUAAAGGGAACCCUCCCGCUACUUUCAAGCUUCUUGAUAAACAUGGACAAGUGUUAAAAUCUCGUCGUGAUGAAAGAUACCUUAAUCGUUCACUUACUGCCCAUUGUAAAGACGACUGGCCGACAGUCAGGUGUGAAGGAAGCGGCUCCAAACAGAACAGAUCCGUCACGUUCUUCGUCAGGUGUAGGUAUUCAAACUUGUUGUUGUCAUGUCGUUUGUCUCCCACUUACUAUAAGGUUUGUUUUACUUGCAUGGAUACUAGAGGUUUAAGAAACAGUGUAUGUGCAAACUGGUCAAGAAACAUAAUUACUUCUGAAUUUCAGCUAUAUUUUUGUGCUCAUGCAUUUGUGUGUACACUUAAGUGUGUUUGUGUGUGUAUUUAUGUGUGUGUUUGUGCGUGUGUUUGAGAGAUACGCUAUGUAUGUCUCUGCCCACAUUCAGUAGCUGUGAAACAUGCGCCAACCUCAAACUGAACUACCCAAAUAACCUUUAUGCCUUUUGGAACUUUGCAGGUCCUCCUCGGUUUGUCGAAAAACCCAUAAAAAUCGUCAAUCUACAAACAUUUCAAAUCCUAACAUUUCGUGUCAAAGCUCACACAACAACACUCGUUGGAUGUCUCUUGACACCAGAGGCUCUAGACAACAAUGUCACGAGGGGAGUAAGCUGCAUCCUAAGUGUCGCGUUCCACCCACAGCCUCGCCAGAAGCACGCGCACAGCCGCUCACACAGCCGGCCAGACACGCACAGACACUCGGCCGGAGGCAGUCUACGACUUACCUCUCGAAACCCGUGCACGGCACAAACCACGACAAAGACGGGAACAACGAUACAAACACGCAGUUUAAUGACAAGUAUAAACACGCAUACACAUACACCCACACACACCCACAGAAAAACGGAUCAAAAAAAAAAAAAAAAAAAAAAAAAAAAAAAA